AUGCCUACAACAGGUAUUGGGAGAGCACUCAAGUCGAGGAAGUUGACUCCUCGAUUCAUCGACCCAUACCAGAUCACGAGGAGGAUUGGACCUGCAGCGUACGAAAUUCCCUUGCCACCACAAUUGGCAAACCUACAUAAUGUCUUCCACGUGUCGCAGUUGAGGAAGUACAUAGUGGAUCCUACUCAUGUGCUAGAGGAGGAUGAUGUGCAGGUGCGGGAAGACAUGACGAUUGGAGUUGGACCAGUGAGAAUCUUGGAUUCUCAAGUCAAACAGCUAAGAGGGAAGGAGAUUAGAACGAUGAAAGUUCUCUGGGAUGAAACAACCCAGGAGAUGACGUGGGAGAUGGAGGAUCUCAUGAGGAAAUCUUAUCCUCACCUUUUCCCUGGUUUUGGUAUUAUUGAUGCAGAUUUUGCGAUGUGCCUGGAAACAAAGAUUUGUGUGGGCUAA